UGUUUUUUACACGAAUACAAAAAAUUUUAUUCGAAUUAUCGCAGAAAAAUCAUCAUAACAUUUACUCUUUGAAAUUAAGCGAAUAAUAAAAAUAUUCGACAAUUGUUUUAUAUUUGAAUUCCUACAGCCGUUGUUUAAAAAUAAAACGGCAACAAAAACAAAAUGAGCGAUAAUGAGGAGUGCAAUAAAGAUGUGCCCAUACGUAAACGCGCCAGUCUGGUUUGGCAAUAUUUUGAGAAAUUAAGCAGUGUCCGUGUUAAGUGCCGUAUUUGCCAACAUGAACAGCGUUAUAUGGGUAAUACGGCCAAUGCCCUGCGACAUUUAAAAGCUAAACAUGAUAUAGAUGCUAGAGCUGUUGGCUUAGCUGAUCCUGAAAAUGUUAAGCGUAUGAAAGCCUUGUCCACAUCCGGUAUACCAUUUGAACCGGCAAUUGCGGCUAUAAAUAUAAAAAAUGAAUGUCAUUUCGAUGAUGACAAUGAGGAUCAAGACACUGAGGAUAGAGAAAAAGAUGGUGACGAAGAAGAGGAUGAACGCCAUUUAAAAUUUAGUCGUAAUCGUCAGCGGAUAAAUCUAUAUAGUAAGGAAACUGACAUAGAUCCAUAUGGAAAUAAUGAUGAGCCUUUCAUAGAUUUUAGCGAUACCAACAACCAUCUCACAAGUAAAGAUGAUUUAGAGGACACAUUAAAUCAUAAUCGCAAUACUAAGUCUAGUUCAAAUCGUAAACGAUCUUCUUUAGAAGACGAUCGUAUAAUAGCCGAAACCGAAUAUUUUAGGGAGAAGGCGGCCUAUUUUCGUAUUCAAAAACAUUUAUCGGCUUUACAAGCCAAAAAGGUCAAGUUUGAACUGGAACAAAUGUAUGCGAAAUAGUAGGCUGUAAUAUAUAGUAAUACAUACAAAUGUAUACUUAAUAAUAUUAGCAAUUAGUUUUAAAAAUGCAAUAAUAAAAUUAAUAAAUGUAUUAUAAUAAUAACAAACCUUAAAAAUAAUUCAUUAA